AUGAAAUCAACACUACCUGAGAAAACAAAGGAGACAAUUUCAUCAUCUGAAGCGCUCAUCCCCAGAUUAUAUGGAUUGCCAAAAAUCCACAAAGAAGAGUUGCCGUUGAGACCUAUUGUCAGUGCCAUAAACUCUCCUACUCACCUCCUCUCUAAACAUCUUGCCAGUUUGCUGAAACCCCAUGUCGGGGCAACGGAAUCUUUUGUUAGAGAUUCGUCCCACUUCAUAGAGAAGCUCAAAACCUACAGUCUCCAGUCAACAGAUAUCUUGGUAAGCUUCGACGUCGUUUCUCUCUUUACGAGAGUUCCAAUCAAGGAAGCCAUGGAGAACGUACGGGAAAUAUUUUCACCAGAUAUCGCUGAUUUAUUCCAGCAUGUCUUAACGACCACGUAUUUCCAGUGGAACAAUGACAUCUAUGAGCAGAUAGACGGUGUAGCCAUGGGGAGUCCAUUGAGCCCUUUAAUUGCCAACUUCUACAUGGAGAAAUUUGAAGAAGUUGCCCUCAGCCCUGCGGGAAAACAACCGACUUGCUGGCUCAGAUACGUCGACGACACUUUCGUGAUAUGGAGCCAUGGAAAAGACGAACUUCACCGAUUCUUGACUCACAUAAACAACCAACAUGAGAAUGUCCAAUUUACGAUGGAAACCGAAAACGACGGGAAGUUGCCUUUCCUGGAUGUCUUGGUCAGUCGCAGAGAUGACGGAUCCCUAGGCCAUCGUGUUUAUCGCAAACCUACACAUACUGAUCGCUAUCUACACAAGGACUCUAAUCACCAUCCUCGACAGAAGAGAGGUGUAAUGAAAACUUUAUUCGUGAGAGCCAACAGAAUCUGCGAACCGACUGCUAUCGAGCAUGAAAUUUCCCACCUCACAAAUGUUUUCCAAGCCAACGGUUUUUCAAAGCAAGAGAUCAAAAGAGCCUUCCACCCCAAAAUAAAAAAACAGCCACUUAAAGAAGAUCCGAUCAAGUCCACAGCCUACCUUCCCUACGUUGAGGACGUCACUGAUAGAAUCGAAAGACUUCUGCGACGCCACAAUAUCAAGACUGUUUUCAAACCCACCCACCGAACCAGCGACUUAUUACGAUCUGUGAAAGAUGCAAGAGAUCCCUUGUCCGUCGCAGGAAAUCUUCAAAAUAGCUCAUAUGCCUUCCUGAUUUUCUAG